CUUGGCGCAACAAUUCCUGUGCCCAAAAAGUCGGCCAGUGCAGAAGCGAAGCCCGAGCCAGCAGCUGAUGAGCACAAGGUGGAGGAGGAGGAGGAGUCCGAGGAAGAGCCACUGGAGCUGGACAUGGAGGGCGUAAUCAAGGGCGAGGAGGACGAACCCCUUCCGAUGGGCGAUCCCAGCAAAGAGGUAACCGAAGAGGACAUGGAGAAGGCAAAUGAACAGCGUGACCUUGCCAUGAAUGCAUUCAAUGAAGGGAGCUAUGAGAAGGCCGUUGAGCACUACACGAAUGCCAUCGAACUGAAUCCAGGAUCAGCCAUUCUACAUGCUAAACGAGCCAAUGUUUUGCUGAAACUGAACAAACCGCUUGGUGCAAUUCGUGAUUGCGACAAGGCAAUCUCGCUUAAUGCCGAUUCAGCGCAGGGAUACAAAUUUCGUGGACGCGCACACAGGCUUUUGGGCAAUUUCCUGGACGCGCAUCGCGAUCUUGCGAUGGCAUGCAAACUGGAUUAUGAUGAUACAGCGAAUUGUUGGCUCAAGGAAGUCGAACCGAAUGUAUGUUUUUUAUGA